CCCCGGCGCUCCGCACCAUCACGUGGCCCCGGUAGCCUCGCUCCCUCUGCGCUCCGCCAUGGCUGCGGCGGCCGCUGCUUCGCUGCUCCUCUGCCUGCUCGGCUUGGCGCUGCCCGGUGGCGGUGCGCUGCACACCAAGGGCUCCGUUCCCCUGGACGCCAUCACCUUCUACAAGGUGGUUCCAAAGCAUAAGUUUGUGCUGGUGAAGUUUGAUACGCAAUACCCGUACGGCGAGAAACAAGAUGAGUUUAAAAAGCUGGCAGAGAGCUCAGGCUCCAGUGAUGAUCUGCUGGUGGCUGAAGUGGGGAUAUCAGAUUAUGGUGAUAAACUGAACACUGAGCUGGGAGAAAAGUACAAGUUGGAUAAGGAAAAAUUCCCCAUUUUUUACUUGUUUCAGGAUGGUGACUUUGACAAUCCUCUGCCUUACAGUGGCGAAAUCAAGGCUGGGGCUAUUCAGCGCUGGCUGAAGACCAAUGGCAUCUAUCUGGGGAUGCCAGGCUGCCUGAAAGAGUAUGAUCUGCUGGCCAGCAAGUUUGUGAGCACCAGUGAGAAAUCAGAGCGCCAGUCCCUCCUGAAGAAGGGGCAAGAGAGUUUAGUAAAAACGAAAGAAACCGAGAAAAAGUCAGCUGAGCAAUACUUGAAAAUUAUGAGCAAGAUACUGGAGCAGGGAGAAGAGUUUGCUGCUAAUGAAGUCGUCCGAAUCACAAAACUAAUUGAGAAGAACAAAAUGAGUGAUGGAAAAAAGGAGGAGCUCCAGAAAAGCCUCAAUAUCCUUGCUUCUUUCCUGAAGAAGAAUAGUGAAAAAGAUGAGCUCUAAUAUGGGGGAGAACUUUGUACAAGCUGUGAAACACUGUCAAGAGUCCUAACCAGUUCUCCUUAUGCAAGCAAACUUCCCGCUGUCUUCAAGAGAGCAGCAGAUUUCCUUCUGGUAUUCUCAGUUUUGAAGAUCAAGAGGAAGAUACUCCUGAAAACCACAGUAUUCUAAAUGUUGGAAAAUUCACCUUAAAGCAAGACGCCAGUAUUGUGUAAUAUUAUUCAGUAACAGUGUUAAAGUAAAAUGGAAAAAAAAAAAAAAAAAAAAGCACUAGAUUGGCCUGAAGCACAUUCCUGGUGGUUUUUAUAGCUGUUCCCCAGCAAACAAAUAAUAAAAUUCAGCCUCACAUUCCAUCUUACAUGUUGUAAAAGGUACAGUUCAGGUGCCCCUUGCAUUCCCAUCUUUUCCUGUUCUUAGAGCCUUUGGGUUUUGUGCUUUUUAAUCCCCCCUUUCUACUAUCUUUAGGAGCUUUCCCAAAAGCUCUCCUCUGAAUUGUGUUCUCCUUACCUGUUGUUGACUAAGAGACUCAGAGUUUCCUUUUUCUGCCUUCUCCUUCAGUGGCUCCUGUCUCUGUUUGGCUUGGGCAUCAGCCAAAUGCUGGCAGACAUAUCAAGACAGGUUCUCCACGUAUCAGAACUUGCUCCUCAUCUUCUGUCCGGAACAGCCAUUUCAGCAAAUGUUCUCCCAAAGUCAUUUGUUGUACCCUGACAGAGCGAGUGAUUUGAUCUUUGAGCAAGGGCAGAGCGUCCUUGAGGUGCUAUUAUGCUUAGGCUCGCCAGUUUCUACAAAAAAAAUGUGGUUCUUUUCAGUCCUUGAUGAGGUCAAUCUGGGUGAGUUUCCUUAUGGCUGAAGAGCACAUGUGAUACCUGUGUUUUCAUACCCUAGCUUCAUUUCCCAGGUUCACCAUAAAGAAGGGCGAGACCAAUGAGGAUGUCUGAAAGUCUCAAGCUAUGGCUAACAAAAUAUUUUCUCCAACUUUAUCUUCAGAAGCAAUUGACAGCAUCAAAUUAAAGCUCCAUCAGCAGUUGGUUUUAAAUGUUUUGAAAUGAGAAAGCAGGAAUACUCGUGCACUUAGGAGCCCCAUCUAUACUAUUUUAAUGGAGAUACCUGGACCAGGGAUCAAGUCAGUCUUCAAAACUUGAUGCUGCAUGUGCUGUUCACACUGUGUGGAUUUCAGAUGGUGGCCUGGAAGAUGUUGUGCUCCUGAUCAGGGUCAUAGAGAGCUGAAAAGAUAAAACACCUGAGCAUUUUACCUGAAGACGAUGCUCUGAGCUAAGCAAAACUGGUUUCUGUGGGAGCUUUGCUGCCUUUUGAAUCCUGCGGUGGGUACACGGGGCAGAUAUUGCUGCGAGAUAAAAUGUGUUAAAUAAUGCUAUAAUAAAAAAAGUUGGUUCCAGUUAA